CAGUGUGGCAGGUUUAAGAAGUAGUGCAUAUGUCCUAACAGGAUUAUCACAUUCUUGUUUGCACCAAGUGAAUAUGGAGAAACACUGGUCUGCAGUUUGUGCUCUGAUUUUAGUACUUGGUGUGUAUGUGCACUUGGACACAGCUUUUGCGGCAGACACUGAGCGCAGUGUGACAGAAAACCCAGGAAAAUGUCCAAAAAGGAAUUGGGGCAUGGGGCUGUGUGCAGAGUUUUGCACGAAUGACUGUGACUGCCCCAGUAAUAAGAAAUGCUGUUCCAAUGGAUGUGGACAUGAGUGCAUGGUACCAGAGAAAGAGAAGCCAGGCAACUGUCCUCUGCGCCAGGGAACCCAGCUGUGUGCCGAGUUCUGCUAUCAUGAUGGUGAAUGUCCAGGAGCAGAAAAGUGCUGCAAGACGACCUGCGGCCAUGCCUGCAGUGAGCCCUGCUGAUUGGUCAGCAACAGACUCUGCUGCGUGUGUGCACUCGUUUGGUUUCUUUCACUCAACUAAGACAAAUGUUUCUACAUUUUCAUAGUGGCACACUUAACUGAGCACCAGUUUGCACAAUGUUUAAUGGUUGGGGUUUUAGAAAGUACUUUUUAUAUGUAUGUAUACACGAGUACCUUGACAAGGUAAACUUCUUUACACACUGAAAAUGAACAUUUGCAAGGAAUCGUUCUCUGCCUGUAACUGUUUAAUUGUCAAUAGCUUGUUGAUCAGUUACUGUCAAAGUAAUAAUACUGUAUAUUCAUUCUUCAUUUUAUAUAUGCAGUUUAAAAGUAUGGAGCACUUAAUAUUUUGUGUAUCACUAAAUAAACAUGUUUGCAGAA